AUGGCGGCUGCCGCUAGAACCGGUCUGCCUCUCCUCCGCACACAGACAUUCCACGCCCGGCCUCAAGCCCUCGAACUCUUGCGAGCGAUCCCACUGCACAACCUACAGCUUUCAACUUGCCUCAAAACGAAUUAUUCUUUGAUCGGACAAUUUAAUAGCGCUUCUUGUCACUGGAGAAAAUCCAAAGUUAACUCGGGUCAUCCCGUUCACUGGCAUUCAUAUCCAGCACCAGCAAGUCUGCUUCCUGCAUUUGCAGUUCAUCCGCUCUGCUCGGCGACACAAGGAGUAUCAGGUUCGACUCGGAAGUGGUCGGGUAGCGGUGCUCCUAGCCGUUCCCAGUCUGGUGUGCACGUGCCUACAGCACCGUCAGACUGCGCGUUUUCCCCCGACUGGCGUUCGGUGUGCUGUUCCCAAACGUUCAGUGCCGUGAGCACUACCACGUUGGAAAGGCAAAUUACCAAAGAAAAUUCCAAAAACGGGAUAGAAUGCCUGAACGCUGAGUCUGAGAACUGUUUCGGAUUCGCUUUGCUUUUGAGGCACCGUUGUGGCUUACAUUCCGGAUCUGUCGAUCCUCCGCUCUGCAGCCUUACCCGGAGGAAACCCACGUGGCAACGACAAACGACAGCGUUUCUAAGCUCCACAAUGGCGAGACAACCACUUGAAACGUCAUACGAACAACGCAAGGACUCAGAGUUUUCUCCUGGGUUAGAAGGAGUCGUUGCGGGAGAAUCGGCCAUUUCAAGUGUUGGACCGGCCAGUUUAGCAGGCCUGACAUAUCGAGGAUAUCGCAUCGAUGACCUGACUGAGAAAGCGACCUUCGAGGAAGUCGUGUUUCUGUUGUUGCACGAUCGACUACCUACGAAGCAGGAAUUGGAUGCUCAGCACCAGGAACUUGUUCUAGCUCGUAGACUACCGCCUAGCCUUAAAGCAUGCCUCGAGUACUUCCCCAAAAAUUCACACCCUAUGGAUGUCGUGAGGACCGGCUGCUCGAUGAUGGGGAUGCUCGAACAAGAAAAUGCUCCUCCAGACCAACAAGCGAAGAUAGGCCUCAGACUCAUAGGAAUGUACAGUAGCAUGUUGCUCUACUGGUAUCACUACGCCCAUCACGGGAUACGAAUAUGCGAGGAAACUGAUCCAGCGGACUCCGUUGCCGCCCAUUUCCUAAAGCUUUUAAAUCAGCACAGCUCCGGCCCGCACCCUCUCGAAGUGAAGGCCGUUGAUAUUUCCCUCAUUCUUUACGCGGAACAUGAUUUCAACGCAUCCACUUUCGCAGCUCGAGUAACCGCAGCCACACGGUCCGAUAUCUACAGCGCAAUCUGCAGCGCCAUCGGGACUCUGAAGGGGCCUCUCCACGGCGGCGCCAAUGAGGCGGCGAUUAUGUUCUUGAGAAAACUGCGAGACAUGCAACAAGCCGAUCAAGAACUUGAAUCGAUCUGGCGCCAUCAUGAGAGGGUUAUGGGGUUUGGUCACCGCCUGUACAAGGAAGGCGACCCUCGCUCUCACAUCAUGAUGAAGGUGGCGCUCGACCUUGCCCAGAAUGCGCCGAAAAAGGACCCCAAUCUUGUACAGAUUGCUCAGCAUAUCGAGGAGAGAAUGGAGAAGGAGAAACACUUGCCGGCGAAUGUAGACUUCCCCUGCGCCCUUGCCUACCAUCAGUGCGGCAUUCCGACAGACUUGUAUACGCCGCUGUUUGUGCUAGCUCGCACUGCAGGGUGGACCGCACACAUCAUGGAGCAGCGUGCCAACAACAGGCUGAUUCGGCCUGUUUCUCACUAUGUGGGACCUCCCGUUCGACCAUUCCCCUCUUUCGAAGAACGCGAAAAACUAGCCAACCCUUCUGAGCAGUCCAGAAGUCGGCUCUAACUUUACACAUAUACUUACCAUUACACGAAUCCGCCCUCUUUGUCGGUCCACCUAGGCACAGUCAGGCAGCGAUCUAGAUCGCCUCUGGGUCUAGGAUUUUGUCCGGUUUCUUCUGGGGGGAUGAAACUGGAAUUGCAUGCGUCUGUUCGUGCUCAGUGCUUCAUAUUGGCGGGGCACAGCUCGCCCACAAAUGACGCCACAUGCAUCAUCGCACAAGCAGAUGCAUACGUGUGUGCUACAGUUCUGUUUGUCGGUCCACCUAGGCACAGUCAGGCAGCGAUCUAGAUCGCCUCUGGUCUAGGAUUUUGUCCGGUUUCUUCUGGGGGGGCGAAACAAGGAUUGCGCGCUUCUGUACGUGUCGGGGCUUUAGUGUUUUGUUGGGGAUGCGAUUCAACGGCUCAUGGUUAUUUUUUUUUAUUGAGAAGCAGAGUUGGGUUUUUGAACAGGAGACAAUGACACUUUAUCUAAUCAG